UGUACUUUUUUUUUAAUUGUAGAAAGUGACCAAGUUCACUCCUGGACACUAGUUACAAGCCAGGUCCUAGAUACUGCCUGGAGAAUAGCAAAGGGCUCUGUGAUGUUGGCAGUUUCACUGUUGGUGGCCAUCCUCUGCUAUUUCAGAAGGCUGCAUUUAUAUUUAGAGCACUGGCUGAAAUGGUGGAUUGGAUAUCUCCAGAGAAAAUUCAAAAGGAACCUCAGUGUGGAGGCGGAAGUUGAUUUACUCAGUUAUUGUGCAAGAGAAUGGAAAGGAGAAACACCCCGUGCCAAACUGAUGAGGAAGGCUUAUGAGGAGCUCUUUUGGAGACACCAUAUUAAAUGUGUUCGACAAGUAAAGAGAGAUAACUAUGAUGCUCUAAGAUCAGUGUUAUUUCAGAUAUUUAGCCAAGGCCUCUCUUUUCCAUCCUGGAUGAAAGAAAAAGAUAUUGUUAAGCUUCCUGAAAAACUGCUGUUUUCACAAGGUUGUAAUUGGAUCCAGCAGUAUAGUUUUGGUCCUGAGAAGUAUACAGGUUCAAAUGUGUUUGGAAAAUUACGUAAAUGUGUGGAAUUAUUGAAAAUGCAGUGGACCGAAUUUAGUGGAAUUAAAGAUUAUCACAAGAGAGGAAGUAUGUGUAACAUCCUUUUUUCUGAUGUCAUUCUGGAACAUAAACUUUAUGAAGCUUUAAAGUUCAUCAUGCUAUAUCAAGUCACUGAAGUUUAUGAACAAAUGAAGACUAACAAGAUCAUUCCCAGUCUUUUUAGACUCCUGUUUUCCAGGGAGACAUCAUCAGAUCCUUUGAGCUUUAUGAUGAAUCACCUGAAUGCUGUAGGUGACACAUGUGGAUUAGAGCAGAUUGAUAUGUUUAUACUUGGAUACUCCCUUGAAGUAAAGAUAAAAGUGUUCCGACUUUUCAAGUUUAACUCCAGAGACUUUGCAGUCUGGUAUCCAGAGGAGCCUCUCAGGGAGUGGCCAGAGAUCUCCCUGCUGACUGAGAAUGACCGUCACUAUCACAUUCCUGUCUUUUAAGUCUGCUGUGGGCGGGGCGCUGGCUCUUGUCAAAGACAGCGGUCAUACUUACAAGUAAAGUAUUUCUCGGAAACCAAAGCUAGUGUUUCAGCUACGGAGGGAAUCAGGACCUUUUUCUCUGGAGUUCAGGUACACUGGCUGCAGGAUGAUUUUCCUGUAUUUUUCAGUGAUUUCCCCUGGAACAGCUGCACUGAUUUAUUUGGUGGUUGGUGGUUUGACCUUGUUUGUAAGAGGUUCGGCAACUUCACUUAAUGGCAGGCCUUUAAGCCACAAGGAAAUUUAGUAUGGACAACAGAAAAAAAACAAGAAGAAAAAAAUGUAUGGAAAAAUUGCUAACCUGGAAAGAGUUUCUUCAUCUCUGACCUUUAUGUUAUUAAGACUCUCAUCUUGGGCUGGUUCAAGAUCGUCAUAAACAUGCCAUAUGUUUUAAGCAUCACCUUCAUGGGAAUCUUUGUUAUAUAUUAAUUUUCUAGAACCAUUUGAUUAACAUUAAAAUUAUGUGUGUAUGUAUAUAUAAAUGUAAACAUUUAUAUAUACAUAUAUGCACAUUUGGCACACACCCACAAGUAAUCACUACUUUGUAAAAUUGUAUAAUUUGUUUUAUGUAUUGCUUUUUUUGUUACUGUUAUAUCUGGCCAGCUUAAUUGGUUUUAUUUAGAUAAAAAUGGUAAAUUCUGUAGAUUAAGGCAACUGAAUGGUAAUUACUGAACUGUCACAAAAAUAUUAAACUGUAGUAUAUUUAGCUUAUAUUUACAUGUGUAUGUAAUGACUGGAAACUCAUUGUGAUAGGCUGAAUAAUAUGCCCAAACACAAAGGUAUCUUCAUCUUAAUCCCAGAACCUGGGAUUAUGUUGGGUUAAAUGGCAAAGGAGAAUUAAGGUUGUAAUUGGAACUGAGAUACUAACCAUUGACUUUGAAAGGGGCAAUUAUUCUGGAUUCUCCAGGUGGGCCUGGUGUCAUUGAAAGGGUCCUUAAGAGUGGAAGAGGGAAUCUGAAAAGUGUCAGUCAGAGGAGAAUGUGAAGAGGAGUCAGAGAGAUGCACAUUGCUGAUUUGGGAAGAGGAAGGGGAUAUGAGCCAGGGAAUGCAGGGCCUUUGGGAGCUGGGAAAGACCAGGGACAGACUCUUUCCUAGAACUUCCAGAAGGAGCACAGCCCUGCCAGCACCUUGAUUUCAACCCAGCAAGACCCAGGUCAGAUGAAAUCUGCAGAACUCUAAGGUAAUAGCUUCAAUGGUUAAACCACUUGAGUAUGAUGUAAUAUGUUACAGGAGCAACAGAAGCCUAGUAUUCUCAGAUUGACUAAUUUUUAUUUUAUUUGGAAAUACUUUUUUAGUCAUUUUGGAAAUCUUUAUUUUGGAGAUGCCUUGCUCAUCUCUUGAAUUUCAAUAAAUUCAAAAUAAUUUUUAAAAUCUUGUAAUGACAUUUCACUUCAAAAUUACAACUUCCUUUAUGACAAAUAAGUGACUUACUUAACAACAUGCGUGGCACUAACAUUAUCCCAUGAUUGUAUUGUUUCUUGAAUAAAUAAAAAGGUAUAUUAAAUGCUGAAGCAUAUGAAAUUAAUAUUCACAUUUUGCAAUGGAGAUGAUCAAUUGUAUGUAUUACAAAACCAAGAUGUCCAACAGUGCCCCCUGUCAUUUUGUUUUCUGGUUGAAAGUUAAUAAACUCAGAUCAAGGGGCUUUGUGUUACCUUGUUAGCAACUCAAAACAAGAGUUCUGACUUAACUUCCACAGCCCCUUCCGGCUUGGACAUGUCCAUGGUUUUGCAUAACCCCAACCAUAUAAUUGACAGUGUCAGAAAUGCCCCCCUUGCUAUAUUACUGUGACCACGAACUUCACUAUUCUUUUCACAAGUAGACAUGGUGACAACCUGCUGUAGGUGGCUGUGACUAAUAUUUAUGGAAUUGCUGCUCUGAAUUUUUGGCUCCAAUGGAACUGUUAGGUGCCUAUCUGGCUUUUGCAUAUUACCAUUCACUUUGGAUCUCCUUAACCAGUGUAAUCAUUUCCAUAUCCGUCCAGGACUGAAAGGAAAAUCUUUUCCCCUAGGAUUGGCAGCCUAUAACUGUGUGACAUCAAUCAACCCAGUACACUUAUCCUGAUUGUGUGUUGUGGGGGCAGGGGGGCAUGGGGCAAGAAUUCUUUAAAUAGGGGGUCAAGACCAAAUUGUGAAAAAGCACUUUUCAAUACAGUGAAAAUAAGGAUGACAUUUAAAUAGUGGCAAUGUUUUGGGAAGGUACCCAAGCAGAAGGCUUUCAGGGUGGAGGUAUUGAGUGCUUUGUUUUUGUUGUUGUUGUUGUUGUUCUUGUUAUUCCUUUUUUUUUUAAUUUAAUGAGUGUAACAAACUGAGUAGCCAGAAAGAACUGCAUAUAAAGUAGCACCACUUUGGAGGGUCUCAUGUGCUACUGACUGGGCUAGCUGGGCAACCAUCGGCACCACUUUUAAAUGCCAACAAUAAACUAUCUGUGUGGUGCCAACAUUUAAAUGCAUUUCAUAACCUAAAUGGUGAUAAACCUAUGGAAAAAAUUAAAACAUAAUGCCCUUGUCUUUUUCUGAUUUUAGAAUAAAUUUCUUAAAUCUUGGCUGUGUGGCCAUACUGAUGAGGAGUUAUGGAUAUUAGUUCAAGAAUGAAUUUUUUGUUGUUAAAAUAUGCAUAGCAUAACAUUUUCCAUUUGAACCAUCUUCAAGUAUACAGUCAGUGACAUUAUUGUGCAGCUAUCACAACAGUGCAUUUAACCCUCCCCAAUGCAUUUUUUCAUCUUUAAGAUGACUUUAGGAGGCAAGUUUAAUUCCACACUUGACACUGGGAUUUCUUUUACUUUUGCAUACUUUUAUCACAUCUGAGAAUAUUCUCUGAGCUCAAAAGAUCCUCAGUGGAGAAGUCCAAUAUGAGGGAGGUUUAGAUGACCAAAUGUCUCUGGAAUAUCAUGGUUAUUUUUGUAAAACAGUAACUGUAGGUGACUUCCAGGUCCAACUUAGGAACACUAUCAUUUGGAAGGUACCCAUGAAAUUAUUAAUUCAGGGCCAUCAGGGUGACCAUGAGGGUCUUCAUAAUAUUGAACCAAAAGUCUUUUCCACUGCAGAUAGUCAAGUGAAAGCCCAGGGCAUUCUAAGAUAUGGGAAAUCCAGCUGAGAUGGUAAAGCCUGGCCUGCAGGAGAGUGGAGCAGCUGAAUCAGGGCUAAUUUCCCUUGGAUUUUACUGCAGAUAAAUUUUAGAUGGAAAUGUUUGCUAUUAUUCUUACUUACUAGUUUAGUAAGAUCAAAGAAAAAUAACUUCAAUUCUGUCCAAGCUGGUCUUGGGGAAGAAAAAAAAAUCUAAAACUUUUCUGAAUACUCUGCAAAUGUUGAGAAUUUCACAUCAAAGAAGGUAAUUUUUUUUUUCUUUUUUGGUAUGGAGGAACCACCAAGCUAUGGCUCUAGUACUUUUUUUUUGAGACAGGGUCUCAUUAAGUUGCUGAGGGUCUUGCUUAGUUCCCAAGGCUGAUCUCAAACUUGUAAUCCUUCUACCUCAGCCUCCCAUGUCACUGAGAUUGCAGGCAUGUGAGACCGUGCCCAGUGAAGGUAAAUAUGUUUUAAUUGAUAACUAACCCUUCAAAAUCUGUAUAUGUAUGAAUAAGUAGGUGACUAAUUCCAGAAUCAGCAAUAGUUUUAUCUUAAAAAGUAAGUACCUAACGCUGUAUUAUUUUCAAGAUAUAUUUCAUGCUGUUUAACACAGUCAGUUAUUGUUUAAAAAUAUAUAUAUAUAAUAAUGUCUAUUUUCAUGGAUUUAAAAUUGUCUAUAGGUUUUUUAUCACCGUUGAGUAUUGCUUAUCAUAAUUAAAUAUUUAGAUAUACUUUAUAGCCAUUCACUUUGGUUUUUAAAAUUUUUAUUUUAAUUGACAAAUAAUAUUCACUUUCCUUCAAAUCCUAUUUUUAAUCACAAUUUUUUUAAAUAGCUAGACAUAAAAUUGAGUGAGUUCAGAGGCUGGAGAUGUAGCUUGGUGAUAUGACAGGUUUCCUAGCAUGUGUGAGGCCUUGGAUUCAAUCCCCAGAUGCACAAAAAAAUUAAAAAUUAAGUGAGUUUAAGUACUAUAGCAAAUUCUAUGUUAUUUUCCCAAAAUAAUUGGUUAAUUCACUUUUGCUUCACUCUUGUCAUACUUCUUUAGGCCAAGAAAAUGAAAGCUCAUCUGGAUUAUAUUUAUGCUUAAUUGCAACAUAGUUUAUAAGUGAAUGGAAAACCACUUACACAUAUUCUCAGUUACCCCUGUACUAAAGUGUUCUGUAGAGCAGCCAGGAGUGUACCUACUGUCUCUGCACUUGAAGCUCAUGAAAUGUGUUGGCAGACACUUGCUGCUGAGUGGAAAUGGUGAGGCUCAGGAGCCAGUAUGGAUGAGCACAGGACAGGUGGGCAACAUGUGGAAUGGUAAGGUUAUUUUCCUAACUGGUAUUGUGGAAAAUACCACUCUCUGUUUAAAAAAUUAAAUUUCUGUGUCUAAUCAAUUUGUCAAUCCUUAUAAUUAAUAUCAUCAGGUCUUAGGAGGUUUUUAAGUCAUUUUGCUGUCACCAGUGAGUGUCACUGACUCAUUUGUAAUGAUUCCUGGGAAUUUUGGUAAAGAGAAUUUUCUUAAAUAAAAAAGUGCUUGCUCUAAA